AUGGCAAAAAUUGCACAAACUCUUCUUGAUCCCCUGACCCAUGAAUUGAAAAAUGCUAUGGAUGUUAAAGAUGUUCCCAUUCAGCCAAAAAGGCAACGAAUUAGAGGAUUCGUAAUCGGCGCUUCACUUCGUAACUCUCUCUCCAUCGCCUCGCCAGUGAUGCGCCCUCAAUUCUAUCUACGUACAACCACCGCGGAUUUAACCUGUGGACUGCAAGGAAGUCGUCGAAGCCGAAUGGACAGCUUUUCUGGACGGGAUGGAACACUUCCACGGGCGUCGCCAUCACAUGUCACGCUCUAUAGAACCCAUUCUGUAAGACGAAUCGCACCUUUGGAGGUUGUGUGUGCUCCACCACCUCCACCUCCACCACCACCACCUGAUCAUGCAACUACAAUAUGCUGUCAGACGAAUAAUCCUGUGGAAACGGGUAUCUACCUGUCCUCGCCCUUUAUUCUCAAGGACGUUCGUCAUCGCUAUCGUUCACCGCUGAAGUCUUGCCACAGCCCAUCCAACCGCAAUGUCCGCUUCUGUAGUCCAGGCGGCCGACAACAACAACGAAUCCGCGCCGCCUCAUCCUGUUCGUCUGAACGCGGCGUCAUCUAUCCCUCUAGAGGUUCCCGUGGCAGCAGUCUUGUUCGUGUCUACUCUCGAUCUAACUCACCCGUCUGUGAGACCAUUCUCACCUCUAGUCUACCUUCAAAAGCUGCGGGUACAGUCUCAGUUGCUUGUGAAUGCAAUUUACCACCGGCAUGUCUGCCGAAACCUCGCAUCAGCUGUCGUUGUGAUGUUCACUUCCCACCACCACCUCCACCACCAUCAGCACCAUCGCCAAAGCUAGUGAACUGCGGCUCCUGCUGUAACACCACUGGUGUCGUUGAUCGGUGCACAAAUACAGGACCAGACUGUCAAGUUGUUGAGUGCUGUCAGAUCUCUCUGCGUGAGCCACCAUCUUCUCCAAAACCUGGAGCAAUUAAUUGUGAAAGCCAGACAUGUGUUCCGUCCUCGCAGUCACCGAAAUACGAGCGUUACGAGGCUACCUCGUGUCUUGUGGAACGCAUCACCACGCGAAAGCGAACUGUGCCACGAAGUUUUUCAUGUGUCCGGGCUCCUGACCCCAGCUACUACCUUAGACUGAUGGGGCGAAAGGAGAAUGAUCUAUGGAACCGCAUCUCGGAGUGUGAGAUGGACCUAGCGGCGUUCGAGUGCAUGAUGUGCAGUGAUGUGGUGACCUACAUCAAAGACGCCAUCGACAAGAGUCGUCAUUUAAUAGACUGUGAGUUUCGAAGGAUUCGACAUCUCUGCAACUCUGACGUUUUUAAUUGCUGCCAUGCUGACAAUGGGUUUCGCCGCGGCAGCAAAAGCAUUGAAGAGCUGUGGCACGAGGCACAACUCAAGCUGAGUGAGCGUCCAGUCUUCGGAUUUCCGGAAUCCAUAGCUGUGGUGAUGAGAGCUGAUAGGAAAAUUUACAUUGGAAACCUUCCUCCUGAAGUUAGAACUAAGGAUUUGGACUCAAUUUUUUCGAAGUAUGGUCGUAUUGCGGACAUCGACCUGAAACGUCGUCGUGGUCCUCCUUUUGCCUUUAUCGAGUAUGAAGAUGAAAGGGACGCAGAGGAUGCCGUUCGUGAUUGUGAUGGUUACAAACUUGAAGGCUACGCACUUCGGGUUGAAUUUCCUCGAGGUGGGAGUUAUAGUUCCUUCCGUCGAGGCGGUGGUCGCGGCAGCGGUCCUUCUCGUCGUUCUGAUUAUCGUGUCAUUGUUACCAAUCUUCCGCCGUCUGGUAGCUGGCAAGACCUGAAAGAUCACAUGCGUGAAGCUGGGGAUGUUGGGUUUGCCGAUGUGUUCAAAGAUGGCUCAGGUGUCGUCGAGUUUCUGCGUUACGAGGACAUGAAGUAUGCUCUGAAGAAACUGGACGAUUCAAAAUUUAGAUCUCAUGAGGGUGAAACAUCCUACAUUCGUGUACGUGAAGAGCGUCAGUAUUCCCGAUCAAGGUCACGGUCCCGUUCAUAUUCGUCGCCAAGGGAUAGGGGUCGAUACUCGAAUAGUCGUUCGGCCUCUCGUUCCUCGAGUGAACGGCGCUAA